UUAUCUUCUAUCGUGAUGUGUCAGUUUCAUCAUGAAGGAAGCGAAAUAUGACCAUCCCUCUCGUCGACGAACCAGCCUCGUAAGAUGACAACUUUCUUUGUCCGCAGAGAAUGAGCAGAGAUUCGGAAGCAGCUGGACAACCAAAAAGAGCGGGGCCUCUUUUUGGCGAUGAAGUUAAGGCUAGAGCAUGCGUCUAUCCCUAGGCCAAUAAAACAUGCCACCUCUAUCUCUAAGCAAACAAACGAAGUCCUGCGUGACCCGCGUACCCCCAGUGCGCCAUCUUCUGGGAGUGGACAACCUGGAAGUCAUGGGAAGAGGAGUCCAAACACAGGGCCACAGGAAAGUAGCCCACCACCGACUGCAGAAGCGACGAAAAAGAAGCGAUCACCAGCUAGAGGAGAGGGCGAAGGGGUUAGCAAGAAUGAGGAGAAACGGGAAGGCAGUGGUGCACCAUCAUCCGGGAUUUCUAGUUCAGCAACCAGCAGUACUGCCACUCCAACCACAUCCACGGGUCAACAAAAUGCAACUACCACUACGCCAACUGAAACAUCCAACCCAGAGGGAGCUCCAGUUGCAUGUAGUACUAAUACGACAGGAUUCAUGUUUGGGGAGUCGCCGGACCCAGCCCAAUACUGGGGUCGCAACGCAGAUGAGGAGGAUGUUUCAGCGUGGGCAGCUUCGCAAAACCACCCUGAGGUGGAAAGACCAGCAGAAGAGGGGACAUCUGCGCAUAUGUGGGAUACUGUUACGACGGUAUUAUCAGAAGUAAAUUUUAUUCUUGAGUAUGGGGUCUGGGGUGUGUAUUCUUGAUGCAGUAAAUUUGCAGUAGUUUUGUUCCAUCAUCUCGUCACCAAGAUAGGCUGAAUCUAGAACAAACCAUUUUCCGCACACUUCUCAUAGCUGACACCCAACACAGGUCCUUUCCACGGUAGCAUCUCAGAGACAUGGAGCACACGACUUCUUCUCCUUCCUGGACCCAUCAGUCCUCUGGCGUCUUCGCGAAACACACUCUGCUGCUUAUGUAGAGAUGUUCAAGGGAGCCGCACUCCUCAGGGAAAAGUCCGUUCUCAUAGAAGCACUGUUAUGAUGUCUGGACGCAAGGAGAAAAUAUUGAUUACUAUUAUUACUAAAGAACAUUAUGGUCGUCAUUCAAAUGAUUCCAAGCGGAGGGUCUCCAGGAUACAUCAACAGGUGGAUCGAUAAUUGUAGUCCUCCGACGAACUACAACCCUAAACCCUAAGCCCUGAGUAAUCACAUCGACUCCGGUUUUUCCCCUCUUCAUAUUUCAUCAGCUGUAUCUACACUAGAGCUGUCUAUGGGCUUCCCAUGUACGAAGGCUACGUCGACAGCGCAGCCACUUGGGUCCAAGGCGCGAUGCAGAAGGUCAACAUGGAUAAGACGGAAAACGAAAUCCUAAAUGCUAAAGCUUUCCAUUCCUUGACUGGGAAGAUUGGGGAGGUCCUGGUCAGUGGCUACACCGAAGAGAUGUACGAGCCAGGCUUCGUGCUCAGUGCGAAUCAUCGACUGAAGUUAUGAGGUGGAAAUAGAUGUCUUGUUGUUUUUUGUUUUUCUGCUCAUAACAUAACUAAGGACCAACAGAAGUACCCCACAGUGGUUUUAGUCCAUCUCAAGACCACGACGUGAUCUCACGACUCAACGCUCUCUCUAGUAUGACGGGAAAAAACCAACUAAACAUCGUUCUCUUCUAACAAUUUGGCUAGUCCUGUCCGUCCGCGGCUCCAUGGCGUGGCAAGACGUGAUGACGGAUAUUGCGGCAAACGACGUCGACUUUAAUGUGCGGAUUCCUAAAGAGGGCGGGCCCUUGUGGAAUGUUGACCCAUUGAAAAUUAUGAUGCGAUUCGAUGAAGGACAUGCAAUUUUUUCCAACACGUUGUUGUUUCUGUCAACGCCACCUUUCCGUGAUGGUGUAUAGAAGAUCUAUGUGUGUGUGUGUGUGUGUGUGUUUCCGUGAUGUGUGUGUGUGUGUGUUUCCGUGAUGCGUGUGUGCAGGUGUAUAGAAGAUCUAGGACCUGCAACACAGCAGGUGUGCGUCAAUUAGAAUUUCAACUAUCAUACUCCUCGUUCAUAACCCGAGUCUCCGAGCAGCGAGCAAGAGAACGCCUGGAGAAAGGAUCGCCAGUCUCCGAGCAGCGAGCAAGAGAACGCCUGGAGAGAGGAUCGCCAGUCUCCGAGCAGCGAGCAAGAGAACGCCUGGAGAUAGCAUCUUCUUCGACCCAAAAGAACCAUCAAGAAGUACAGGCAGCAUCAUCGACUGCUCAAGUAGUCAAUGAACGGCCUCUGGAACAGGGCCUCAGGUCUCCAACGGCUUCUGGAACAAGGCAAAAGACAGCAGGAGAUCAGAACGAGGAUUCUGAAGAUGAGUUGGCGAAGAGUACUCUCUGCAUAGGAACCGAGUACAUAGGCGCCGUUCGCAAACCCGAUCACUCUUCUUCCUCACCGACAUUGAGUAGCAGCAAAAUAGUUAUGGUUUGAAACCCAACCUAAUCCAUCCUGGGGGAAGCAUCGCAGAGCUAGAAGAGCACUUUUCCUGCGGGAAAAAUAACAGCACUUCUAAGAUGUUGAGCGUUUCAAGAUGGAUUCUUCAUUUAUUCGCAAGGCUCUAAUGUGAAUUCGAUCCCUCCUACCUCUCCUAAAGCGCAGACGCCACAGCCUCAACAGCCUCUGGGUUCCCCACACCGCAGCUCCUCCACCUCCCCUCGCCGCUCCUCUGUGCCCAGUUCUUCAUCGCCCAAUCUGCAAGGAGUUGACCGACCUGAAUCGCCGCCUCCUCUUUUCAUCGACCAGACAAUUCUUGGCGAUGACGCUGAGACUAUGACCAAACUGAUGUUCCGAACCCACAAAGGCUUUGUCAAAUCGGCAGAAUACGUCUAUCGUCGAGUCCGCACUGCCGUUGAACGGUUUCUUAGACGCUAUCCAGAUUACAGGUUCAUUUUCACAGGACACUCCUUAGGUGCAGCAACAGUUGCACUGGUCUAUUUUAAGUUCUGCCAAGUGGUGAACAAAAGGCUGUUAUUGUUCGGCUCACCUGCCAUAGUUGCAGAACAUGAGGAGAUGCCGUCAGAUUGUGGGAAUCUAGUACGCGCGACACAAGAUCCUCGUAUUCUUGGGGUAGUGCGUGGCAAAGACUUCGUCUCGCAAUUGUCGAUGCAGAGCUUUGAUCGACUCUUAUGAUCAGUAUACUGAUUAGCUCCCUCUCAGAUUGAUGAGUGGCCAAAGUAAUCACUCACAUCAGAGCCAAUUUGGCGUUUAGUGAUGGAUACAAGAACAUGAAAAACAUCUUCGUGUCGACUUAUUGUUAAAAGUGUGUGCCAUGCGUGAUCUAUGUUAGAGUCCUAGUCUCUACUGAAUCUACCUCCUCUAACCCAUGCCGACGAAAUCAGUGAGACCUCCUAUUUCACACAAGCCGUAGACUACGUAUCAUCCCUAUUUUCCGGUAGUGAGCGACCAGCCAAGGACUACAGCGGUACACCGAGACCAGCUGGCAAGUUUUGCUUACAUCUGCAAGUCCGUCCGUCCACCGCUGCCCCCACGUGCUUUUGGACUAGGAAUUCUGGGCAAAAUUACCGCCGCGUCCUAUUGGGCCUACGCAUGAUCGAUGAUCAUCUUUUAUGAAGACCACGAAGGAUUCCUUUGUCUGCACUUUCUCUGGAGGUCAAGGCAUUUUUCUUCCCUUAGAAAUCUCACUCAACACCAUUAGUGCAUACUCACUAACUUUAAGUUUGAUUCAGUAAACCGUUCGUAACAAGAAGCAUCUUCGAGACGUCUGCGACCACAACCCGCGUUAUAAUGUAACCUCCCUCUCCCUCCUUCAUCCACUCCGAACCUCUACCUCGCGACACUAUGCGACGUGUACUUCAACAAAUUUUUUCGACGCAACGAAAUCAGUGAUGAGGAGUACGUAUUUUUGAAGAUGCUGAAGCGCAUACGCUUUGACUACGUCCAAGCAUACAUGAGCGCGAAGUGGGUGUAGGGUCACGCAGCGUAGGGUCAGGUAGUCGUGUGUCAUGCAGCGUAGGAUCAUGCAGCGUGCACGCGCCUGCGAUGUAGGUUCAUUUAGCCGGGUAUUAUGGCGCCGCUGUAGUUUCCCUCAUACUUGACUUGUACGUCCUGGUAAGCCUAUCCGCUUCGCGCAACUGAUACGGUCUGUGGUCACCACAUCAUCAAGCACUUCUACUUCUACUUCGCAUUUCCCACCUAAUACUUUUUCAGAUCUAAUUCUUGUCGAC